AUGUCUGCAUUCCACUCGGAGCUCAGAAACAAAAAACGCUGGGGAUUUGUGAUCUACCGCACAGAUUACUCAUCCGAAGAGCUUUGGCAAAAGUUCAUGACCAUAAUGCAAAACUGGACCAUGCACAUCAUACGACACAAACGCUCUGAGGCUGCUGAGAUACACUCCUGGCAAAAGAUGUGGUAUUUCGACAACCAGAGUCAGUUCGACAAUGCUUCCAUCGCGUCCCUCCGCGAUCACUUUCAAAAUACCUGGUUUGCUGGAUUAUCAGCCGAGGAACGAAGAAGAACCUGGCCUGAACAUUACAUGUUCUUGACUGUCGACAAGGAGGCGCUCGAAUCUGUCCGCCCUCUCGAGAUAGAACUCCCACGGUUUUACUUUGGCGAGUAUCCCUACUGCAAGGUCUGGGACAAGGAUGCACCAUCUGAGGAUAGCGAUUACCCUGGGUGGAUGAAGAUCAGACUUCCUGAGGUCUUCUACCUGUAUGGGCUUGCCUUGCAGACCGACGAUAAGAGCAUGAAGGCACUCCGGUCCAAGUCUACAGACUGGUUCAGUAGGGACUUGGUCUGCUACGAGGACGACCGUUACGGAGAGCAGGAAGAGGAGGUGGAUGCAGAAGAGCAUGAAGGUGGUUCUGAUUGA